AUGGUUUUGUCCGAUCUUCCAAAUGAUUUGUUGGAAAAGAUAUUCUCUAGGGUUCCUUUAAAAUUACUAAAAGCAGUCAAACUUACUUGCAAAAACUGGAACACUUUAACCAAAGAUGAGAGCUUUACUAAGAAGUUAUUUGGUAAAACGGUAGCAACAAAGGAGAAUGAGUUUCUUGUGGUCACGAUGAUGAAUUACAAAGUUUAUUCAAUAAGUGUCAAUCUCCAUGGAAUACAUAAAGAAGAUAGCUACGUUAAAGCAUCUACCAUGCAUAAAGCUAAACUCAUUAGCCUAAACGAUGAUGAAGAUUAUGGAGUUGAUAAUAUAUCCAAUGUCUUUCACUGCGAUGGUUUAUUGUUAUGCGUUACUCAUGACGUAAACUCUAGGCUAGUGGUUUGUAACCCUUAUUGUGGGCAAACAAGGUUGAUCAAACCUAAAGAGGCUUACAAGUUAUCUUACAGGUACGCUAUUGGAUACGAGAAGAUGAAGAACAACUCUAUAUGGAUUACGAAUAAGAUUGAACCUGAAGAAGCAUCGUGGAACAAGUUUGGAGUUAAUAUGACACCACUCACUGGUUUUCAGUUUAAGUUUUGGGCUGCGAGUUUCUUCAUAGACGAGAAGAAGAAUCUCGUUGUGGUUCUUGGCAAAGAUGUGUUGGACUUUACCCGCAACGUAUAUUAUUGGAAAGUAAAUCUUGGAGAAUAUAAAGAAGAAUAUUGUUACUCAUGUGUGUGCUCUUCUUAUGUCCCAAGUUCAGUGCAAAUCAAGCAAGUCAUAGUGGGAAAGGAUGGUAGGAUUAUGAUCUUUUGGAUAGACUCUUCUAUAUAUGGGUUCGAAGUCUAUUUAUGA